AUGUAUCCGAAUCGUAGACCUCCCCACCUCAGCACGUUCACUAGACUUCAUCAAAGGCUGCAUGAAUCUGGCACUUUCGAAAAAAGAAGUUUGGAUACCGGCCGACACCGCCAAAUUCGAACACCCGAAUUAGAAGUUGCUGUCUUAAAUAUUAUUGAAGCGCAACCUGAGACAAGUACCAGGAAAAUUGCAGCGGACUUAAAUACUUGUACAUCAACUGUAUGGAGGAUAUUAAAAGAACAGCAGUUAUAUCCUUACCAUAUACAGAGAGUUCAAGCUCUUUUACCAAGUGAUUUCGAGCCGAGAAUGACAUUUUCCCAAUGGUUUCAUCAAAUGAAUAUGGAAAACCCUUUUUUUUGUUCAAAAAUUCUUUUUUCCGACGAAGCUAGUUUCUCAAGAGAUGCAAUUCAAAACUUCCAUAAUAGGCAUAUAUGGGCUGAAGAAAAUCCUCAUUCAGUUAUAGAAUCUAGACAUCAAUAUCAGUUUUCCGUUAACGUUUGGAUAGGAAUUGUCGAUGAACAUUUAAUUGGGCCCCAUUUUCUACCUUUAAGAUUAACUGGUGAGUCGUAUUUUUAUUUCCUACAAGAAGAAUUGCCUCCUUUACUAGAACAUUUACCCCUGCAGAUUAGACGAGAGAUGUAUUACAUGCAUGAUGGUGCUCCAGGACAUUUCAGCAUAGAUGUACGAAGGUAUUUAAAUCUUAAUUAUGAAAACCGCUGGAUAGGAAGAGGUGGGCCUCAUUUCUGGCCGCCUCGAUCCCCAGAUUUGAAUCCUUUGGAUUUUUGUAUUUGGGGAUAUUUAAAAGAAUUAGUUUAUGCUACACCAGUACAGGAUAUCGAAGACCUACGAAAUCGCAUAAUUGCAUCAUGUGAUAUAAUAAGAAAUAAUCCUGGUAUAUUUCAGCGUAUUAGGGGCUCAAUGUUGCGUAGGAUAAAUGCAUGUAUUACAUCACAAGGUGGACAUUUUCAACACCUGUUGAAAAACAUUUAA